AUGUCAACGCCGCAAUUCCGCGCCGGGAACCCUCUGGCCCCGGAAAAAGGCGCCUUCCCGUUGGACCAUUUCGGCGAGUGCGCGACGUUCAAGGAGACGUAUUUGAAGUGUUUACAGAAACAAAAAUCGGACGCGAACAAGUGUAAGAUGGAAUCCAAAUCGUACCUCGAAUGUCGCAUGGCGAAAGAACUGAUGGCGAAGCAACCGCUCCACGAACUCGGGUUUAAGGAAGAGCAGAAGUCAGAAACAAACGAGACAACACGAGGAAGGAAAGAAGAAGAAAACAAAAGAUCAACCCCGAAAGAAGAAGAAGAAGAAAACGAAAGGAACGGGUUCGUGGCCGGGGCGAGACGCGCGAGGCAACAGCAAAAGGAGUUCGCGGAGGCGGCGCGUCGCCGGCGACGCGAAGGACGGUACUAA